GUCAGUGAGCUUCUGUUGUUCACGCUCGCCUGAGAGCAGGAGCGCCUGUGACAGACAGUGGAGUGCAUUGAUUUAUGGUGUGGAGUCCCGUUUCUGGGUUUUUGGAGAACAAUUAUUGCGAGCAGACAAGAGCGCAUGAAGGUAGAGAAGAUGAAUGUGGAGGCUCUAAGCAGAGCAGAGCUGCUGUCUCUCCUGAGUAUUCUGGAGGGAGAACUGGAAGCUCAGGAUGUAGUGAUCCACACCCUAAGAGCCCAGCACAGAGAUGCUUUCAUCCAGGAGCGUUACGGUCAGUAUGACCUCAGCGAUCCAUUCCUGGCCCUACAGCGCGACAGCGAGGCCGCAGAGCGACAGAACACACACUCACAGCCUCAAGCACAUCUGCAAGGCCAGGCUGUGGGACCAAAUCCUCUGGCUGUGCUGAAACUGGUCAUGACUCACUGCAAGAGGAUGCAAGAGCGGAUGAUGGGACAGUUGGCUGCUGCAGAAAGCAGACACAGGAGGAUGUUAGCUGAUCUGCAGGAGGAGAAACGGCGGAAUGCUCAGGACUCUGCACGGCGGGCAGAUUUCACCUUCAUGCUGAAAACAGAAAGAGAUAAACUGCUCCAACAGCUGGAGGUGGAGUGUGCCACAGUCAAGCGGUUGGAGAAGGAACAGGCACAAGUGGUGGAUAAGGCGGAGGAGUCGCUGUCCCAGGAGCAGCAGCUCUCCUCAAAUCUGACACUGGAGCUCCAGAGGGCCAACAGCCAGGCUCAGGAAGAGGCUCAGAAAGUCUCGCAACUUCACGCAUUGCUGCAGGAAGAGACAAGCGCCCAGGAGAAACUCCAAGCGGUUCUGGAGAAUGAGAAGAGCAGGGCGGUCCAGCUGGAGGCUCGCUUGGAGAGGCAGCUGGCAGAGUUUGACGCAGAACGGGAGCAAAUGAAAGGCAGACUCAAAGUGGAGGAGGAGAAGAGAAAGGAGCUUGAGAAACAAGUGCAAGAGCUGAGGAAGAGCUUGGCUGAACAUCAAGGAUGUGAAGAGGAGAAGAAAAAGGAUGUGAUGGAGAUGAAUGAAUCGCCAUGUGAGCCAGUGAUGGUGUCCACCUUUGUUCAGACUGAGCCCGAUGGAAGGAUGAACGUCACUCCCAAAUCCCCUCUAGUGUCAAAGGUCAACGGCCUUAAUGCUCAUAAAGAGACAGACUCGUCAGCACAAGAGGGGAGAGGAGCAGAAAAUGGAGUGGAAAAUGGAAGUGUAGCACCUCUACAUUCACCUAUUCACCCCUAUCCUCACCCACACUCCCCCACAAGCACUGCCUCAUCCUCCCUGUCCUGCUCCCCCGUCACCUCCCCGGUUCUAGCUAAACGUCUGGGAAGCCCAGGUUUCCUACAGUCCGCCUAUCAAGCCGGAGUCAACCAGCGGUUCCAGGCUGCACGCCACAAGUUCCAGAGUCAGGCCGAGCUAGAGCAGCAGCAGCAGCAUGGCGGCCCCCUCUCCCCCAGAGACCUCUCCCCAACCACCUGCUCCACCCCUCCACCAGAGCACAGCACAGCAAAGCAGCUGGCCCGCAGCACCGUCACUCAGGUUCUGUCCCGCUUUACCAGCCAGCAGGCAGGAGUCAAGCUGGCUUCCAUCAGCAGCUCUCCGUUUGGCACAGAUUACCGCAGUCUAGCACCUUCGUCUCCAGGGGGGAGGUCGCCCUCUUCAGCGCCGUUAUCUCCAGGCUUUCGCUCCCCUCUCACUCCUCGCUCAGAGAAGACCCAUCCUCCUCCAAUUCCAGCCAAGAAACCAGGCAUGAGCCCGACCCCGGGUUCGCCAAGUCACUCAGCUCGGACCAGCCUGUUCCCAGAGCUGACUGGGAACUGUGGGCACAGCAACAGUGGGCAAGAUGGAACCAAGGAAUCAGACCUGCUUUUAUCCUCCAGCAGCUAAUGACCAGAUCAUACAAACUAUCAGAGCAAAAAGAAACUUUAACUUACAUUGUUGCUACUUUUUCACUGACUCGUAUACUCAGAAUCAUUCAUCAACACACCAAGAAGUCUAAGUAAAUGGUAAAUGGCCUGUAUUUGAUAUAGCGCCUUCUAGAGUCCUGGAACCCCCCCAAGGCACUUUACAACACAAUCAGUCAUUCACCCAUUCACACACACAUUCACACACUGGUGGGGAUGAGCUACGAUGUAGCCACAGCUGCCCUGGGGCGCACUGACAGAGGCGAAGCUGCCGAGCACUGGCGCCACCAGUCCCUCCGACCACCACCAGCAGGCAACGUGGGUGAAGUGUCUUGCCCAAGGACACAACGACAGCGACAGACUGAGCGGGGCUCGAACCUGCAACCUUCCGAUUAUGGGGCGAGCACUUAACUCCUGUGCCACCGUCGCCCCCGAUAGUAGAUAGUGGCUGUUUCACCUUCACAUUUAUAUGAUCACCUGUAAAGCAAAAAAUAUUCAGGAUUUUUUAUUGGAUCUAGCAUCAUUUUAUAACUGCAGUUUAAUGUAGAAUUAUUGUUAAAAUUUGAAGAUUUUAAGUAUUUGUUAUUUCCUGUUUGUUAGAUGUGUUCAAAACCAAAUGGUAAGAAAAGGAAAAAAAUAAAGGGCUGUUUAAAAAAGCAAAAGUGCGGGGCAGAGCAAAUAUGUUUUUACAGGUUUUUUCAAUGAGCCCUUAUGCAAUGUAUGUGGAGAUGACCCAGAAACCUAUUUCACUGCUGUAAAUAUGUUUCAUUGUGUUUGUCAAUGAACGUCACACACACUCGUACUGUUGUUGCUGUUAUCAGUGUUGUUCUGAAAACAGAGCGGUCCUGCAUCAAUUCUCCAACUUUCUGUUUUACUGCAGGGAAAGUUUAUUUGUUUCAUUAAAAAAAAAAAGAAAUGUCACAAUUCAUUAAAAAAAAUCAAAAAUCUGAGGACUGAUGAUACUGAAUUUACUGGUCAAUAAAAGCUUUUCUAUUUUUAA